CAGGCUGCUGAUGCAGCAGCUCCGCGCCCUGAGGAAGGAGGAUCAGUUCUGAGACUGCUCUAUCCGCAGCAGUGGCUGAGAGCACUGCAGACCUGGGACGAUAUCUCCACUGAUGAGAGACAGGUGAGACUUUGGCAUGACUGGAAGACAGUGGUCUAUAAUAUGACAGAGCACACAAAUCAACACAACACUCCAGUCCUUAAAGUGUGUGUGUCAAUCACUGUGUGUGUGAACCAUUCUUCCUCCACAGCGUUUACAGCAUUAUUCUAUCUAUCUCAGGUGAUACUGUCGUGCUGUGAGGGAGAUCCCGGCGGUCCUGCUGUGUUCCAGAGGCUCCAGAACAGAGUGAGUAACCCCAAUUUGGCAACCCUGCUGCAGGAGCACACUCUGAAAGGAGAGAACAGCAGACAGGGAGCUAAAGGUACAGAGUAGGGGAAAUAAGGACAGCAGCAUGGUUGCCAGUCUGUUUCAGCUUUAGUCAACAUGUUCGGCAAGACAACAACAACAACAACUGAGGUUGACUUAAGUGUGUUUGACUUGAGUGUGUUUGUAUGAUCCAUCCAUCUUUGUUGUGUUUGGACUUGUCUAGACCCUUUUCAGCCAACAGAUUAAUGAUCAAUCAAUUCAUCAAUUAUUUACUGCAUUGAUACACAGGCUCCGAGGCAGGAAGAAGGAGAUGAAGGAGAAGAGGAGGAGGAUAACAAAGAGGAAGAUAAGAAUGAAGGAGAAGAAAGGAAGAGGAAGAGUAGAUCCAAGGUUAAGCAAUCCCCCCCCUCCCAUCCGUACUCAUGUCACUGGUGCAGUAAGGCCUUUACCUACAAGUGUUGUAUAAUGGCCCACACCAAGCACUGCACCAUGUCCCAGGAGGCCAUGCUGCAGUGCCCUGAGUGCCCAGAGGAUCUGCCCACUUUGCAGGCGCUGCAGCUCCACCCGCAACAAGGCACACCCAGAGUCCAAAGCCGCCAAGAAGAAACGGCCGCAGGUGUCCUGUGAUAUGUGUGGCAGGACCUUCGCUCACCCCUCAGGUAAGUUUGCCUGAUCAGGGCUGCGAAUGUUUUGUGUUGGUGUAGAGGUUCUGUGUAUUUAAACACUUUACAUUGAAGGGGAUUAACUCACCAUCUUACCCAUUACUCAUGUAUAGCAGGACUACCAGGUCUUAACCAUUCUGCAGGAAUACCUGGUGUGAUAUAAGUGUCUGAAGUUUCAUUGACUCAGUGUGUGAAUUCCUGCAGGUAUGCUGUAACACAAGCGCACAGAGCACUUCGAGGAGAAGCCAUUUGCGUGUGAGGAGUGCGGGGCCAACUCGUUCCUGAAGAACCACAUGCGACUGCACACUGGAGAGUAG